AUGACUCAUGCUCGGCAGUUCCCGUUAGCCAGGCUGCAGCCGGGCAGCCUUCCAGCAGCGGGCCUGGCGCCCUCCUUCACUCACCACAAGGACUUGGGUCUAAGGACCCUAGAGGAGCAGGACACGAAGGUGUUCCCCAGGGUGGCGGACCCCUCCCUACCGCUCAUCAGGUGGCAGCAGGAGGGGCUGGUUGUCCAUGGCCCAGACUGGCCCUGCUCUGCCUCGGGGCUGGCUGGUGACCAGGCCGAGAAUCAGGGCACUACGACGGAAGGGGUGGCGCCCCUCCUCCUGCCCGCAGACAGCGGACCCUCACCCGCCCACACGUUAGGAAGGCCUAGGUUCUGGGGAUUCAGGGGGCAGGCAGGGCGGCCGGGGCGGAGAGCAGCAGCUGCCGCGUGUGGGUUGGCGUGUGAUGAUGGGGUAGCACGGCACCUGCGCAUCCCCGGCCGGGGGGCAGCGCAGGGUGUCCGCUCCACGUGGGGCUGCGACACGACGGCCCGUACAAUCAAAUACGAGCCUCUCUUCACGCCACAUCCGGGAGGCGCAGAGGAAGAGCCCCGCCCACGCCCAGCCAGCUUGCCCGCUGCUCCCUCGGCCCUCGACUGCGCAUGUGCGCGGCGGGGGCCCGGCGAUGCCACGCCCCCUGGCGCCGGCGCACUGACGUCACGACAGCGAGCGCCGGAAGCGCGGGCCGAGAGGACGCGGAGCCCCAGGCUGCGCCCGCGCGGAGGCGGCGGCGCGGGGAGGUGUGCGCGGACCCCAGCUGGGCGCCCAGGCCCGAACGCUCCCAGCCCGCCCCUCGGGAGCCGCAGGCCGCAGGCCUUUCUCGAGGGCCGCAGCCGCCGCCUCGGACCCGGCCCGGGCUGCCGUGCGGCCCGCCCCGCGAGGGGACCACCCCGACCCCACUGUCGGGACUUCUGGGCGCCGCCCUCCCCGGGCGCCCGGACUCUCCGCGUCUGGCCAGACUGGGCCUCCGGACCCCUGCCCACCCGGCCCGGGCAGGACCCCGCAGCGCGCCCACCUUCCCAGGCCGAUCCGACCCCGCAGCACCUUAGUCUCCAGGACACACCCCUGUGCUGGACUGGUCGUCAGCGUGGAGGAGGAAGCUGGUCAGCGGCCAGGUCACUUCCCUUGGGUGACCAGGCUGCGGACGUUGUUUGUGUGCGUUCCACAGCGACACUGGACCCACACCAGGCCAUUCACACUCCCGAGGAAGCCACGGGCAGCUACUGGGCAGCGGCGAGCAGGCGGCCCCCACCCCCAGCACAGCAGUGUGUAUGUCUCCUGAGCAUCUUCCCGUCGCUUCUAUGCGGGCCUGGCGGCUCCAGCAUGCAAGGCCAGCCGGAGCUGGGGGGAGCGCCUGGCCGGGUGCCCGCUGUCAGCGGGUCUCUGAGUGACCUCUCAGAGGGAGCAGGCGAUGUUUCCCUCCACCACGCUUCUAAAGGCAGCGGUGCAAGUGAGGCAUUGGUGACACAGAGUGGUGAUGACGUGGAGUGGGAUGGGGAUGCCAGGAUCUCUGGGCGCAGUGAGGGCUUUUCUACCUGCACCACCAGUGGUCUGGACCCAGGGGAACACAGCAGUGCCUGGGGGGAGUUUGAAGGCUUUCGGGAAUCUUCAGCCAAGUCUGAACAAUUCUCUCAGCCCUCUGAACUCCGGGAGAGGCCCAUGGAACCUAAGCCACUGAGAACCACUUCUGCCCAAAAGGAGCGACGUUCUUGCCAGCUUCACCAGAGUGGACCCCAGGUGACAGGAACGGCCGCCUCACCCUCUGAGCCCAGUCUCAGCUACGAGAACGUUUUUAGGUUUGCUUUUCAAGAAGUACCAGUCAAGCAGGCAACUGAAGAUGUUUUCACCUUAGACCAUUUCUUAGAAAUAAGCAGUGAAGAAAAACCUGGACUUGCAUCUGUACAUAAAUUGCGUUCUGAAUCUAGAAAACUCUGGAGAGCUCUUCAGAGUGCAGAUACCACGUUGGCUUCCCGAGGCCUCUGGAGCGAGUCCCGUUGCCAGGAAAACUUCUUUCUCGUUCUCGGAAUAGAUGCUGCUCAGAAGACCCUUCCUGGAGGCCAGGGUCAUGCUGUGGAAGGCUCAGACCUCAAGGAGCCUGAAGAACUCGGUGUGCGCAGCUUCCGUCUACACCACUGCAGAGCCCUGAUCCAGACCAAGCUCUCAGGGACGCCCGGCGGCAGACAGGGGAGCCUGAUCACAUACAGCCUGUUUCUGAAGACCCCCUUCCGUGGAAACGCGCAGCACAUCACAGUUCCAAGGAAAAAGAUUUUCACUCCACGUAACCUAAAAAUGACACUGUUUAAUAGUGAUGUUUGCUAAAACAGGAGUUCUUUGUAUCUUUCUGAGGAAUUUUACAUUUUCUUACCGGUUUGGUUUGGUACUGGAAACCAGAACUGUUUUGUGGAGGUGUUUCCCAAAUCCCGAGUCAGUUUCCCAGGACGCACUGUGGAAACCCGUCCUGCACCCACCAGCCGGUUUUGGGGUCUCAUCAGGUCAGAUGGAGGCUGUGACCUUCAGCAGAGCCCGUCCUCACCAAGAAGGGGGCACCCUGUGAGGACCCCAGGCCUGGUUUCCCGUGCUGCACUGCCUGGGGGCCUCGCUCAGGUGGGGGCCGUCACUGGGGACAGCUGUGUGCGCCCCGUCACACCUCGUCCCCACUGGUUUCCAGUGCAAGGGGCUGAGGGCACACGUGAGGGGCUGAGUGUGCUGUUCUGAGCACUCGCCUACCCAGUGCCCACCCAGCGUCCUCUCCGCAUACCCUCCUCGGCUGAGGCCCACUAGCUCUCCCUGGUUACGGGCUGAGGAAACCCCCUCCCGAUGGCAGAGCCGAGCAGUGGGCACUGACUUUUAUAAAAUUUUAUGAAAUAAAAGAGCCGUAUAAGCCUG